UCUGUGUUUGUUUUGUUUUGCAUAUUUGACAUUUUUUAAAAUAUUGAGAAUUGAGUGUUAUUAGCAUGGAGGAACUAUUAUUUGUAUAUGCGGCAAUUGUUGAGGAGGAGGAAUCGGGAGGUAGGAGAAAAAUUUUAAAGGGUUUGCGAGACAAAAGCGAUCCCUUUACUAUGCAAGACACUGCAUUUAUUAACACAUUUCGAUUCCCAAAAUCGCUAUGUAAAUUGCUGAUAAGUGAAUUGGUGCCGCAUGACGUGCAGAAGUCAAAUAUUCCUUUUGAUCUGCGUUUCCUGACGAGUUUAUAUUUUUACGGGCAUGGCUCUUAUCAAAAAUGCGUUGGUAAUAGUUAUAUGCUCUCUAUGAGCCAAUCCUCAGUGUCAAGAGCUCUGCACUUUAUUUCAAAACUGAUUGUGGAUGUUAAGGGAAGUGAAAUUUAUUUCCCUUCAAGCGCGCAGGAUGUGUCAGAUGCAAAGAAGGGAUUUUACACGAAAUUUGGGAUCAAGGGCACAAUCGGCGCAAUCGAUUGUACCCAUAUUGGGAUUGUUUCACCCUCAAGCACAGACGCCACUACUCCUCUCUCACUUUUUAUGAACCGGAAAGGAUUUUACAGCCUUAAUGUAGAAGCAGUUUGUGAUCAUCGACUUCGGUUCACCGCUGUCAACGCGAGAUAUCCCGGGUCUUGCCAUGAUUCUGGUAUUUGGACCACAUCCCCAACACGUAUGCACCUCACAAAUACCUAUAGCACGCAAAGUGAUUCGUGGUUGUUAGGCGACCAAGGAUAUCCAUUGGAGCCAUGGCUGUUAACGCCAGUCGCUGAACCUUCAAACGCAAGGGAAGUGCGUUACAAUAAGUUGCACGCCAAAGCACCCCUGAAAAAGCGUCUUUGA